UUCACAGGCAGGACACAAAUGGUAACACGCCCAGAAAACCGCUCAAAAUGGCUUCCUGCAACUCUGUCACUACUGCAGGCGUUGUGUUAGUGCCGUACCUGCUACUACUUUGUUUUAGCGGCGGCGCUACGUUAAAGUGUACGAAGACGGGACCGUGCAGUUGUUCCAGUAGUGAAGGCGACAUUGAUCUUUCGCCGUUGGCUAACUCGGACGGAUCACCCAGAUUCAAGGACGUUGCGCCAACAGCCCCUGCUGAUUACGCCGUCUAUUCCUGGAACCCAUGUACGGAUUUCACAGAGCCGGUUCAAUCUUCCAAUGCUGUUUGCAACAACAUCGCGGUAUGUCAAAUCUAUGGGUCAGGCACAUCGUACACUUAUGGCUACUCUCUUGGAAAGCAGGAAUCUGCAACCUUCACCAAUGACGACGCUGGACAGGUGGUUUUAACUUACACUGACACAGGUUCAAACAGGAAUGCCAAAUUCACGCUGAUAUGUGACAGAAACGUCGAUUCAAAGCUUGACGUCAUAGGCGAAGAUCAAAAUAAUAUAAAUGUCCACACAUUCAAACUUACCACCAAAUACGCAUGCGUAGGCAAAAGUGGGCCGUCUGGCGGCGGACUGAGCGGGGGAACCAUUCUGAUUAUAAUAUUUAUCUUAGUAGCAUUUCUGUAUUUUUUCCUUGGCAUGUUUGUAAUGGUGGCGUACUACAAGGCACGUGGUACUGACAUGAUCCCCAAUAAAAACUUUUGGAUGGGAUUUCCAUUUCUUGUGAAGGACGGGUGCGUCUUCGUGUUCCGCGGGUGCAAAUCCGGUGAGGGCUCAUACCAAAAAGUAUAACGUCAACUGCAAAAACUGAGAUCCAUUACACAUGUGCCCAGAUCUAUUUUUGAAUUUGCAAUUUAGGUUUAACUUAUUUGCUUCCGGUACAUUCGCUAUGGUUAUUCGCUGUAAUUAUCUUUAGGCAGACAGUGCAAGUCCAAAAAAAAAAAAAAAA